GUGCGCCUGCUGCGGUCCGUCCUGAAAGAGCACCGCAUCUCCGCGGGCGACGACCAGGCGCCAUGCACGGCGCUGGCCCUCCUGGCCACCCUCGUGGCCGCCGCCGCGGAGUUCGGCGCCCGCAGGCUGGCGUCUCGGCCCGCGCGGCCCUCCGAUCUCGUCAGCGGCCCGAGCCACGAUGAGCCAUGGCAUGGGGAGGUGAAGGAAUGGGCGAGGCGGCUGGGGCGGCUGCGCCUGGGCGAGGCCCAGCGGGAGGCCAUCCUGGAGAUGAGGGCGGCGCAGAUGGCGCGGCUGAGGGUGGUGUGCGAGGAGAGGUGCAGGCUGAACGAAAAGGCCAGGUCGCUACUGGGCGCGUCGAGUGACCCCCCCCAGGCCCUCUCCGAGCACCUGCGAUCCGUGUGGGACCGCGUCAAGUCCAACGUGCGGCUCGAGCGGCGCAUCGCCGCCGACGGCAUGCGCCGCCUGCUCAUGGACAUCCUGGACCCCGUCCGGGGCGCCCUGCUGCUGCUGGAGGCCCACCCCGGGGGCGUGGAUCCGAUCAAGGUGGCCGACGCGCUGGCGGCAGCCGACAGGCAGCGCGGCGGGUGGGCCACAGACGCCAUGUCCUCCGCCGCAGACUCCACGCGGUAG